ACAUGCAUACGCGCAAAAAAGAAGCGGCAAAGAUCUCGUCUUAUCUACCAUCAAAAUAUGAUGAGCAUGACUGCUGGUGUCUAUUCGUCGCAUUGUUCGUGGUUGUUUGUCGCAUCGUUCGUGGCGCUUCUCGGCGUCGCGUUCGCUGGCACAACAGAUGUGGCCCGCUGCGACACCGAGAUAAUUCAAUUUCUCGACCAGACCCGUCGACCAGACACGUCGGCGAAGUCUCCUCCUCUGAACGGAGACGCAAAUUUUGAUGCUCCUCGCAUUGGCUUCGGCGGAUUUGAGACUCUGGAUGUCCCUCUUCACAGCCUUUUCCCCUACCUUUAAGGCUAACCUUUCAUUAUGUUAAAUAUCCCAUGAUGUGGACUAUGCGCUAAGGGGGUUGGUUUCCUGUUAUUUUAUAUGGAUAAUUUCGAGGGGAAGUACUUAGAAAGGGAAGCCACUCGUCAACCACGGAAGAUAGUGAAAAACUAGCGUUAAUACCUGCAAUGUUACUACCAAGAAGGAGUUUAUCGCGACGGGAAGUUUUUAUCCACUUCUUUUCUGGCGUCACGCGAAGAUCUUUUAGCAAGAUUGCACAGGGUAAAGGUGCUGCUUGAUUCGGAAACUCCAGACAUAGAUGUGCCGACGCCGGAGGAGAUUGAAUUUGUGAGCGUCGCGGACUUGGACAAGGCGCUACGGAAUACUCUAUUGCGCGCGCUGCAGUCAAGGGUCGUGAAAGACGAGGUUGACUCAGGAAACAAGAAAGAUCUGAACGCGUGGAUUGCCGCGAUUCGUGCCACAGAAAAAGCGAGUGCAUUCGCAGAGGGAAGAGAAGACUUCGAAGAAAAGCAAAAUGAACCAAACGGAUUUUUGGAGGUUAAGGCCACGACAUCGAAUGAUUCCGGGUCCGGCUCGUCGUCGUGUGAAUCUCUUGACACAAUACACACUCUGCAGCCGGCGUCACUUAUGUUUGUUGUCCCUGUUGAUGGUCGUUUGCCGGACAGCUCGACCUCGACGAGUGACGAGAUGACUCUCGGAUGGUUUCGGAAAAAUCAAAGAUACCAGCACCAGCAAUUUCUGCCUGAAAACCUGCAAGAGUCGGUCUGGGCUCCGAUGCUGGCCAAGAGUGAGUUCUGGAUGCUCGUCCGAGCGGUGCCUCUUCUGCAAAGUCUGCUCAAGUAUGAAGCCCUUCUGCUCACUUUUCCAAGCGAGGACACAUUCGGAUUUGCAUCCGAAGACACGAGGACACCGACGAGGAACCUCCUUUGGGUAUCCUUCGUUCUGUUGCACGAGUAUCGGAUCAUCAAUCCGGCACUGCGAGCUCUCGAGUCGAUGGUCCUGACUGCGGUCGGGAAGCACCAAACGCGCAGUAAGGAUUUAUUUCCGCUUGGGGUGGAACAACAAAUAGAACAAGAACAAGAUGCUCUUCCGGGAGGACUGUGCCGUCGGAGACAUUUUCAUAUUCAUCUUACAGACUUCGUCGGCACCGGUCGUCAGAUGCGCGUUCCAUCGACUCUGGCAGCGGUACGAAAUGCAGUUCAAGUUCAAAGCCAGACGAGAGUCGCGUCUUGUUUUGCUGAGGAAAAGGAAGUAUCGUCCCUUGUUGAGGACCGAACCUCAUCGUCGAACCAGGUUUCUGACAUUGUCGAAGAGACCGUGACCACCGGUUCCAGCGUAGACCACGAACAGAGAACGACGAGUCCCGACAAGAGACGAGCGAUGGACGAAACUCUCGUGAUUGUCGCUGGUGGCUCCGUUUCUCGCAAUGCACAGAGCGUGGUGCAAGCCCAUUUGCACAGGUAUUUUUCGACAGUAGAUUCAAGAUGCAGCCGCGCACACAACUACCAGGUGGCUGCACAUCCUAGUAGAGCAGAAGUCACGUCGUUGAUCGAGGGAGGCGAUGAGUCAUCUUCUGAAGUUGUUUUCGAUUUUGAAUUUGUGGUGUCUUCUCUAUCUCUUGUUGCUCCUCCUGGGUUUGGUCUACAACUUCAGUUGCCGCGGAGGUUGCAGACGCAUACUGGGGAAUCUUCUGCACUCUCGCGGCAAUCCACCUCCUGCUCGUUUUCAAUUGCGCACUACAGCAGCUCCUUCGAGCACCGGCACAGCGGCACGGUCCUCGUACCGCAGUGGAGGUUGUUUGGACAUUGGUGGAAUACGAGUGACGAGCUGGUCAAAUGCAUUGACCGAGCGAUAGUACGAGCAGACGCAAUUAUGAUGGAAGAGGCGGAAACGAUCAUAGCAAAGAAGCCAUCUCUCUCAGCUGUCGGGCCACCCGAGGACUCUCCCUUCUUGGGUCCUGUCGCUGCAACAGACUCUCGUCCCGUGCUGGGACCUGUAAACAAACAUCCUGCUGUAACAAAAUGCGAUACAACUAGAGGAGAUUCAAAAAAGAUGAAUCACCAAGAGGUCGCUUCGUGUGUCGCAGAGCAGUUUGUGACAGCGAAAAAGAUUGUAUUGGGAGAGUUCACAGAAGUCGAAUUGAUUCCGUAUAAAGUUGACCGAGCCGCAGGAGUGAAGAAGGAAGUCAGCUCGUGAAUCAUAUUUAGCGAUGUCAUGACAAUGAACCGCACUUAUGCUUGGACGACAUAAGUAGAAGUACGUCUUUUUGCGUGUGCACGUCAGGCGUAUGUGCUUGCUUGCUACGGACACAAUCACAAAGCGAGUAGUUGAUAAUUGUAUCGUGGUAAAGCAAUGCUUUGGCCUGGUGGAAAAAAGCCAUUCUCACCACUUCCCAUGAUAUCAUGUUUGCUGACGUGAACACUUUCUGCACUGCUGUCGCGAAC